AUGAACUUUGGGAGCUGGAGGUCCCAGGACAGCAGGAGUCUGUCUCCAGUUGGCAUGCACAGCUUCCUUUUCCAGAUGGAGAAACUGAGACUCAAAGAAGAUGAGACCUGCCUGCAGACGCCGGGAUUUCGCUGCACGCAGAGACCUGCCCAGUCUUUCCUGGGCAUUCGGGGAGUGCAGUCCGGGCGUGUGGGGGCCUCGGCAGGGGCGUGCAGACAGGGCAGGAUGGUGUGUGCCCGAGUGGCCCUUGGACCGGGCAAGCUCUGGGCUGCUGCCUGGGGGCUCCUGCUACUCGCAGGCGCCACGGAGGCGCAACGUGGCCGGAAGAAGGUCGUGCACGUGCUCGAGGGCGAGUCAGGCUCCGUGGUUGUGCAGACUGCACCGGGGCAGGUGGUCAGCCACCGAGGCGGCACCAUCGUCCUGCCCUGCCGCUACCACUAUGAGGCGACCACCCACGGCCACGACGACGUCCGCCUGAAGUGGACUAAAGUAGUGGACCCGCUAGCCUUCGUGGAUGUCUUCGUGGCGCUGGGUCCCCAGCACCGAGCCUUUGGCAGCUACCGCGGGCGGGCCGAGCUGCAGGGCGACGGGCCUGGGGACGCCUCGCUGGUGCUCCGAAACGUGACGCUGCAGGACUAUGGGCGCUAUGAGUGCGAGGUUACCAAUGAGCUGGAGGAUGACACCGGCAUGGUCAAGCUGGACUUGGAAGGCGUGGUCUUCCCUUACCACCCCCGUGGGGGCCGCUACAAACUGACCUUCGCUGAGGCGCAGCGCGCGUGCGCAGAACAGGACGGCAUUCUGGCAUCGGCUGAGCAGCUGCACGCAGCCUGGCGCGACGGCCUGGACUGGUGCAACGCGGGCUGGCUCCGCGACGGUUCCGUGCAGUACCCGGUUAGCCAUCCUCGGGAGCCUUGCGGCGGGGCUACGAGCCCCGGGGCCGGCGACGGUACCUCUGGGGGAGUGCGCAACUACGGCUACCGCCAUAACGCGGAGGAGCGCUACGACGCCUUCUGUUUCACGUCCAACCUCCCGGGGCGUGUGUUCUUCCUGAAGCCCCUGCGGCCUGUGCCCUUCGCGGGGGCGGCGGGCGCGUGCGCGGCACGCGGUGCGACUGUGGCCAAGGUGGGACAGCUGUUCGCCGCAUGGAAACUGCAGCUGCUGGAUCGCUGCACGGCGGGCUGGCUGGCCGACGGGAGCGCGCGCUACCCUAUCGUGAACCCGCGCGCGCGCUGCGGGGGCCGCCGGCCUGGCGUACGCAGCCUGGGCUUCCCUGACGCCACUCGCCGCCUCUUUGGAGUCUACUGCUACCGCGCACCAGGCGCGCCGGACCCCGCGCCUGGUGGCUGGGGCUGGGGCUGGGCGGGUGGCGGCGGUUGGGCGGGAGGAGCACGAGACCCCGCUGCCUGGACCCCACUGCGCGUCUAG